GGUGGAAGGACCGAGAGAAAGCUGGCUUGCGGGGGGGCUCAGUUGUCAACGUCGUAGCAAGGGAAACGGAAGGAGAGGAAGGAAUUCUGCAGGAUGGUGGACUUCGUGGAUAGACAGGUGGACGAGCUGAAGAAGCUAUGGCACAACAAGCGGCAGCUCGCUUUCCAGGGGCUGAACCUGGCCAUGAUCGUGCUCUCCGCCCUCAUGAUCUGGAAGUCGCUCAUGGUGGUCACCAAGUCGGAGAGUCCCGUUGUCGUUGUACUCAGGCAAGUCUUCGGGUCUAUGGAGCCGGCGUUUCAGCGUGGAGACAUUCUCUUCCUCCACAACGGGGAUGAACCUCUUCGGGCGGGCGAGGUGGUUGUCUUCAAGAUCAAGGACAGGGAGAUUCCGAUCGUUCACAGGGUGAUGAACGUUCACGAAAAGCCUGACGGGUCGAUAUCAGUGCUGACGAAAGGAGACAGCAACAAGGUGAACGACCGGGGGUUGUAUGUGCCGGGGCAGAUGUGGCUAAGUCGGGAAGACAUUCUGGGGAGGGCGCGGGGCACGCUUCGUUACGUGGGGAUGGUCACCAUCAUCCUCAACGACUAUCCACCGCUAAAGUAUGUGCUGGUCGGGCUAAUGGGGCUUUUCGUGCUGACCAAUCGAGAAGCAUGAUGACGGGCACGCGCGUUGCCUGUCUGUCCCAUAGCCGACACGCGGAGAGAGGGGAGACGGAGACAAGAGAGAGCGGGGGUUUGGGAGAGAGACACGGGGCACGGGAAUGAUUGUAGCGGAUUUUUUCAAGGAUAUAUGCUUGUUGAACGUCUCAUUUUAGUCGGGGUUGGAUGUCCACUCUAGAUGCUGACAUGGGGACCAGUCGUGCUGAUACAACGCAGUUUGCAUGACGCUUGUGAGACAGUGGUCCUUGGGAUCGCUGGUCCACCCAAGGGUUGGCCGUUCAUUUGAAUAGCUGCAAUUCCUGGGCGUUGAUGGGAACGAUUGUUUGGAGAGCAGAAACGGCUGGAUGAGGUCUCCAUACGCCGGAAGGGUAAAGCUACGUGUCACAUCCCUCAAGAUCUCUCAAAGAUCUUUGUAGGUCGACUACACAUUGUUUCUCGGUGCUUGGCUAUUCGAUAGCAGUCUCGACAAAGGUCUCGCGACAAGAUUCAUCACCGAGGAAACAAGGUGGAGGAACGUAAAAAGCCCUGCGCAGUCUUCCUCCUUUUCUGCAUGAACUUGGCUGAUGCACCCAGGGCGGGUUCCGAGCUAAAGCCGAAUUUAUUUGGGGGGG